AUGACUUUAAUCACAAAGAAAAUCUGCUGGCUAUUUCUCAAUCUUUCCCAUGCCGUCUAUGGCAUCAUUCAAGCACCUCUACUACCUGGGUCUCAUACCCUUGGCACCACCACUCUCCAGGUGACGGACUCGUCUACUUCUCGCAGUCUAAUGCUCUCCUUGUUCUAUCCUGCAUCCGCCAAAAAUUCAUCUUAUACAUUUGCGCCCUCCUUCCCAUCAGCCACGGCUCUUUAUUUAGCAGAAAGCUACUCUCUCCCUUCCGCUAUUCUCCAAGAGCUUGCCUCACGUUCCUACAAUUCCGCUCCUAUUCUUCUUUCCCAUAACAAUUCAUUUGAUUUCCCAAUCCUUCUCUUCUCCCCAGGCUAUGGGAAUACGCGACUUGCUUAUACUGUCAUUGCCGAGAAUAUCGCUUCUCUGGGCUAUUUUGUCAUCACUAUUGAUCACCCUUUCGAUGUCGAAUUCAUCGAAUAUUCAAACGGUACAAUCGCAACAUGGGAAGACGAGGAUUUUGAUAACUAUACCGCUGGAAUUCCAUAUGUGAAUGCUCGAGUUAAAGAUAUGCAAUUUGUGUUGAACUCCUUCUCGGAUCCAUUAUUCACUGCUCAAAUUCCUGGCAUCGAGAAUUCCUCUUCCCAUUCAUAUGGAUAUGGAAAAUUGAAUGAGAUUUUCCAAACUAAAACAAUCGGAACUUUUGGUCACUCAUUGGGCGGAGCUGCAGCUUUCCAAGCUAUGCAUGAUGAUUCCCGUUUCUCAUACGGAAUCAAUCUCGACGGUGCAAUCGAAGGCAAUGUCGUACAAAGCGGACUCAACAAACCAUUCAUGAUUAUGGCGAAUCAGAAUCAUACGAGAACAGAAGAGAGAGAUCCCACAUGGUAUGAAUUCUGGGCCAACUCGGUGAAGCUGGGAGGUUGGAAAAGAGAUGUAAGGGUUAAUGCGACGCAGCAUGGUAGUUAUACGGAUUUGGCGGUUUGGGCGACGGUACUAGGAUUAGAGGGCUUUGAGGAUUUGUUGGGGACGAUCAAUGGAGUGAGGAUUUUGGAGAUAGAGACGGAGUUUGUGGGUGAGUUUUUUGGAAAGUGGUUGAAGGGGAAGAGAGGGAAGGUGUUGGAUGGGCCUAGUAAGGAGUGGCCGGAGGUGACUUUUGAUUUUUGA